GGAUUUAGCCCUAAAUAGAAAAGAUAAACGGAAAAGAUGUAAUGAAAACUAGUUUUACCGCUGUUGUUUUUACGUUUUGUGAAAUUAUUAUAACGCGUAUUACUUCAAGUCGGAUAUAUGUUUAAUUUUUAAAUGAGCAUUUUGAAAGAUAAAACAAAACUGCAUUACCCACAAUGCAUUAUUGGUCCUUUUGCUCUCGCGGGCUUUGUUUUGAUAUGGCGGCAGGCUUCGAAAGUUCUGUUGGCUAUCUUGAUGUUUUAUUUCUCUUCAAAGCUGUAAGAAAACUUUUCCAGAGUGUUUCAGCAAACCCUUCCUGAAGCGACUCGGUCAUCAUGUCAUCUCCAACCGAGCCGCGGUGCUCUCAGGCGGAUUUCUUGGCCCGGUGGAUACCAAGCAGCAGCAGAGCCGGGGUGAUCCUGAAGCCUUCCGUGGGUCUGGCUGGACCCUUACAACCCAUCUCUCCUGCAUCACCCACGCCGCUGCAUCCCGACAACUCCUUCUCCUCUGACUUCGCCCCUCUGCCAGCCUCUGCAGACAGCAGCUGCCUUGAUGUGUGUGGAUGUGUAGGAUCAGCUGGGAAUGACAGGCCGGUGAAUGGACUGACAAACAAAGUGCAAGACUUGCCUCUUAUGAUGAAGCUAGACCAAUUGAGGAAAUGGCAGCAGCACAUGCAGGAGCAGCUGAAGGCCCACCAGCUGGAGGAGCUGCUGUCCCUGCAGGAGGAGCAUCACAGGAUUGUUAAUGGAUCACAGAGAACCAGCGUACUCGGACAGGAGAAUCAGCUUUCAGCACCAAUACGACAGGAGCUGCUUUUGAAGUGUCAGGGCUGUGAAAAUGAUGAGGAAGAAGAGGAGAUGCCUGUUGACGCCGGGCAGGAGCAUGAUGAUGCAUCAACCCAACAUAAAGGUGUGGUGCAGAGGGAAGGUGACGGCAAACACCUUGGUGAAGUCGGUAAUGACAGACCCAUACAGCCGGGCCUCGGCGGUCAGAAGCAGACAUUUGAGGAGCUGUUGGAGGAGCAGCUGAGACUGGAGGAGCAGAGGCUGAAGUUCGUUCAGCAGCAGCAGAAGCAAGAGGCUGUCCAGGCUCCUCCCAAGAGGCCCUUUUUGAAGCGAGGCCAGGGCCUUUCUAGGUUCACCAACAAACACAAAGCAGGGAAGAAAGACUACAACCUGCAACCCCAUGGUAGAGUGAUCUCCAGCUGCAACUCUGCUCCUGAUGUUAUUGUGAAAGGGAGUUCCACUCGUGUCCCACGGCUUCCUGUCCAGCGUAAAAUAGCUGUACUCAACAAAGAAAACCGAGUGAGAGGUCUCUGUUCGCCACCUCAGGACACCAGAGCAGAGAGGAAAAAAGUUUUGGGUUGUCAUCAAAGACGAAACACAGAACCAGAGGCCAUAAAAACCAAGAAUCAACCGGGCCAUGUUGAGGAGCACAGUGGGAGGAAAGUGAUUCAGGUUCUGAGGACUUGCAGCCCAAACAUGCAGCAGAACCCUGUAACCAAAAAGGUGCUGGGAGGACAAACAAUGUCUGACAGUGAUACUGAUAAUAAGAAGAGUUCUGGUUCAAAAGUGGAAUCAGCAGAAGUAAGAAGCGACUCGGAGAAGGGCGUCCGAGUUCCCAUGGAGUCUUUGGAGUCGUUCCAGGAGAAGCUGCGGCACUGGGAGAGAGACCGGCAGAUGGAGAGCAUGGAGCUGGGAGAGUUUGAGCUGCUGGAGGAGGCAGCAGAGGAGCUGUCCUUCUCAUCCAACUCCUCGUUUGUCAUGAAGGUUCUUCAGAUGGACCAGCAAAAGCGACAGGCUGCUGUGGGGCUCCACAGGAGACGACUCUCCUCCACUCCUAUUAAGCUGCCCGGCAGAAGUGAACCUCAGCAGCGCUGCCCGGCAGGUGCAGAGCCAGAAACACCUGGGGUGACGAUAAGAAGCGAUGCACUCAAGAACAACGAGAGCUCUGAGCGUGAAGAUGGACAGAGCAGUGAGGAGGAAGGCAAACACGAGGUCUCUGACGGAUCAUCUGGAUGCGCUUCUGAUUUUGGAGACAAAGUAGCGAUCAAAGGCACUGCUUGCUUCACGGAAACGUCUGAUCCUCCUUAUGACAAGUGGUCUUACCAGGAUGAGGGAAGCUGCAGGGAUUCAUCAUCAGAUGUUGGACAGGAGGACGUAGGAGAAAGUGAGGGUGUCCCCAGCAGUUCUGAUGACUCCACGCUGAUAGAGGACAGAGACAGCCAGCAGGGCAGGGUUGUGUUUGACGAUGAUGACACGUGGAAUGACCUGGAUGAGACGGCUGUAAGCAGAACAGAUGACUCUAGAGAGUUUCACCCAGAUUCCAGUCCAGCAGUCAGGAAAUCGUCGCCGCCAGAGAAGGUCCUGUUAAGGAAGGUAGCAGCCAAGGUGGUGGAUGUGGGUAAAGACCUGGUGCCGGAUCCUCCCGCCUCACAACUCAUGAGCCGGUUUUUCCCCUCACUAAAGCCACAAGCCCAGAAUACACCUCUCCCCCUUCCUGCUCCCGAGUCCAACAGACCAAAAGAUGAGACAGCCCAGCAGGUCCAGUCCAGACAGCUGAGAGAGAGACUGGCUGAGCUGGAGAUUGAAAUCGGCAGAUUUAAAAAGGAGAACGCCGCCCUUGUCAAACUCCGACAAGAGAACGAGAGAAAACAGGAAGAGCUCAGAAAAGAGCGUUUGGAGUUUGAGCGCAAAAAAACGGAGGAGCUGGCCAAGUUCGAGGAACACAAGAGGGAGGAAAACCGAAAACUGCAGAAGGAGAGAAAACUUUUUGAGAAACAUGCGUCAUUGGCCCGAGCCAUUCCUGAUAAGAAGGAACGAGAGGAGAUCCAGCUGCUGAAGCAGCAGCUGAGCUCCCUGCAGGAGGAGCUGAAGAGGAAGGAGAGUCGCUGGUCCUGCACACACAGCCGGCUGAAACAGCAGAUCGACUCCCUCAACCAGGAGAACAGCUCCCUCCGGGACGAGAUCCGAACGCUGGAGAAACUGCGUCUCAGUGCCUUGAAGAGAAACUCCUCAGCGGAGAAGGUCGCUGGAACUAAAGAUGUUCUCAGAAUAUCUGAGAGUCGCGUCUCCUCGGCCACCAAAGGAGUCACGUUUGCUAGUCCUCUCGACUCCAGAGGAAGCAGCAGCAGCCCCCCCCUUAUUGGGAAAACAGCCCCCACCAGAAUAAGCACUAAUGACAUCAGCCAAGGAGCUACAGCAGGGAUUAAAAGUAGUCUGAGGUCAGCUGGAUUGUUACCUGUCAGAAUGGUGGAGGAGAAACCAGGAGCUGCCAGCUGGGAUCAAGAAGCACCAAACCAGGAAUUCUCCCAGGACCGAUCUCCAAAAACAGAUGUGGUGCCAAAACAAGCAGAAAGCUGCGAGUCCAACGAGCUGCAGACACCUCAGGAGGUCAUCAAACACCCAGAUGGAAAGGUUGAGAAAGUUCUUGCCAGCGGUGACAGACUCAUCGUUUUCCCUAACGGGACCAGGAAGGAGAUCACAGCUGAUGGGCUCUCAGCAAAGGUCACCUUCUUUAACGGAGACACCAAACAGAUCACAGCUGAUCAGAGAGUGAUCUACUACUACUCAGAGGCCCAGACCACACACAUCACAUACCCCGACGGCGUGGAGGUCCUGCUCUUCCCCAACAACCAGACAGAAAAACAUUUUCCAGAUGGUCGUAAGGAAAUCACGUUCCCAGAUCAAACAGUGAAGAACCUGUUUCCUGAUGGCAGGGAGGAAAGUGUGCUGACGGAUGGCACUGUUAUACGCGUCAACCCCACCUUUUAGCACAUUGUGCACUGGACCUCUCUCCUCCUGAGCCUGAGAUUGGUGGACUCAGUGGUAUCCUUUAAAAAGCAGCUGAAAACUCACCUGUUCAGGCUUUAGUGUGACCUUCAUCACCACACUCUCCUUUUUGUUCUUAUCGCCUUUCCUGAGUUCCAUUGAUUUUCCUCUGUCCUAUUAAUUUUCCUUACAUUUUUUCUUUUCUCAUUUUAAACAUAUUGGAAAUAUUUUUAUACGUAAUUUAAAAAAUGUUUUUGUUUUUGUGAAGUGCCUCGUUAUUUUUAUCGUAAAAGGCGAUAUAUAAAAGUCUUCUUCAGUAAAAAGCAUCUUCCUAACAAAAUAAGCAACUUACCUUGGUUCAAUAAAAUUCUGGGGGAAAAGUGACUUGAAAAGGUGUUGCACAAGUGCUACAUUAAAAAAGUUUAUCGCAGUUUUUUCUGCACAGCCCAGCUCACUGCUGCAGUCAAACUUAUGGUUAAGCUUUAAGGUUCUGGGAGAACAUUUCAAUCUUUUUUUAGAGUAAAUGUCAAGUACACAAGCAAACCAUUUUUGCGCUGAUAAAAAAAAAAACAAAAAAAAAACAGCCAGUUUGUUUACUUUAACUACUGGGUGCUGCUUUUA